AUGAACACCCACCAGCCAACGUCCUCGGCCAUUAAUGGCGUCGAGUUUGGCUUUCUUACUACAAAAGACAUCAAGUCGCUCUCGGUGAAGCGCAUCACGAAUCCAACCACCUUCGACUCGCUGCUGCACCCAGUGCCUGGAGGUCUGCACGAUGCAGCAUUGGGUGCUUUUCUGGACAACCCAUGCGGAACAUGCGGCCUCACCACCUUCCUAGGCUGUCCGGGCCACUGCGGCCAUAUCGAGCUCCCUGUACCUGUAUACCACCUCACAUUCAUGGACCAGCUGUUGCGACUGCUCCGAGGCAAAUGCGCAUACUGCCACAAGCUCAAGCUCGCCCGCGUGCAGGUCAACGAAUUCGUUUCCAAGCUGCGAUUGAUACGAUGCGGAUUAGUGCAGGAAGCAAACGACAUGCACGAGCACAUCAACAUCGAAAAGGGCAAGACGAGCAGACAGACCAACGACGAUUCCGAAGAUGACGACGACAAUGACGACAUCAUCUCGCAGCGAAACAACUACGUCAAGAAGUGUAUGAAGCGAGCAGGCAUCUCAAAGCACGAUGCUAGGUCGGUGCGCGAAAAGAAUGAAGCCAUUUCCGACGCGCGGCGGCUGGUGGUCAAGGAAUUCUACGCAGAACUCGUCAAGCGCAAGGUCUGUGGCAACUGCCAGGGUAUCAGUCCCACGUACCGCAAGGACCGGGCUAUCAAGAUUUUCCGAAAGGCACUUAGCCAAAAAGACAAGACCAAGAUGGCGCAGGCUGAGAAGCGCAUCCAAAACCCCCUCGAUGUGCUGGCUCGGCGAGACGCAAAGGCGAAGAAGCAGCAUGUGCACGCGGAUGAGGGUGUGGCGGACCUCGACCCCGCUUCCGAGGAAGAUGAAGAUGUCGACAUGGAAGACGUACAACAAGCCGACGGCUCGCUUGUCGCCACAGAGUCACGCAUGGCCCGGAAAGCAAAGACAGCCGAGACUCUAGACCCUGCGCAAGAGUAUGUCAACUCGACCGAAGUCAAGGCUGCCAUGACUCUGCUCUUUGAGAACGAAUCGGAGAUGAUGCGGUUGAUUUACAGUCCAUACGGAUCCAAGUCUCUAGUGGAUGUGAGCGCUGACAUGUUCUUCACUCAAGCCGUUAUUGUCCCUCCCAACAAGUUCAGACCAGAAGACAAGACAGGCGACUCCAUUGCUGAAUCAGCCAAGAACAAGCUCUACAAAGGCAUACUCGAGGCAUGCGAAACUAUUCGCCAAAUCAGCCAGGAAAUGCAGGGAAAGCCAAACGAACUGGGAUACCGACAGCGAAACUUUGACGACAUGCAGACCCAGUUUGUCAACCUGCAGGGCGCAGUCAACGCCCUCAUCGACCGCGAUGCCAACCCCGUGCAAGGCCGCGCUGCGGUGACCAAUGCCGAUGGAAUCAAGCAGAAUCUUGAGAAGAAGGAGGGUCUCUUCCGAAAGAACAUGAUGGGAAAGCGUGUCAACUUUGCCGCACGAAGUGUCAUUUCGCCUGAUCCCAACAUUGAAACCAAUGAAAUUGGUGUGCCUCCAGUAUUCGCCAUCAAGCUCACAUACCCCGAGCCAGUCACCAACCACAACUUCUACGACCUCAAGGAAGCGGUACUCAAUGGGCCAGACAAGUGGCCUGGAGCCCAUGCCAUUGAGAACGAAUAUGGGCAAGUCAUUUCACUUAAGAAGAAGAACUACGAGGAGCGAUUAGCCUUGGCCAACCAACUCCUCGCCCCAUCGAAUUCGUACUCGAACGGUGCCAGGAACAAGAAGGUACAUCGCCACCUCAACAACGGCGACGUGGUCAUCAUGAACCGACAACCGACACUGCACAAGCCCUCUAUGAUGGCGCACCGAGCACGUGUCUUGCCAGGAGAGAAGACGAUUCGCAUGCACUACGCCAACUGUAACACUUACAAUGCCGAUUUCGACGGUGACGAAAUGAACAUGCAUUUCCCGCAGAACGAGCUUGCCCGUGCCGAGGCCAUGACUGUAGCGGACACCGAUCACCAGUAUCUGUCUGCGACUGCCGGAAAACCCCUGCGAGGUUUGAUUCAAGACCACAUCUCUAUGGGUGUCUGGCUGUCCAACAAGGAUACCUUUUUUACAAGAGAAGAGUACCACCAGCUGCUCUAUUCUUGCUUGCGGCCGGAGGAUGGCCAUACAACCUCGGGCAGGCUUGAGACUGUGGCACCUGCUGUCCUGAAGCCUCGGCCGUUGUGGACGGGUAAACAAAUCAUCACCACUGUCUUGAAGAACAUCAAGCCCGCAGAGUACCAGAACCUGACACUUUCGUCCAAGUCAUCCACCAAUGGCAAGCUGUGGGGUGCACACUCCGAAGAGCAGUUUGUCAUAGUCAAGGAUGGCGCGCUUUUGACUGGUAUCAUGGACAAGAGUCAGAUUGGGCCUGCUGCCGGUGGUCUGAUCAACGGCAUCUACGAGGCUUAUGGCGAGACCAUUGCCGGAAGGGCCUUGAGUAUCAUUGGACGGUUGCUUACCAAGAUGCUGCACAUGCGUGCCUUCUCCUGUGGUGUCGAAGAUCUUAUUCUUACUGAAGAGGGAGACAAGGCAAGGCUGGAAGAGCUCCAAAAAGCAGAGAAGCUUGGAUUUGAAGUGGCUGCCAAGUAUGUUACUCUGAACGCCGAAAACAUCGACCCUACCAAUCCCGAGCUGCGGCGACGACUCGAGGCAGUUUUGCGAGAUGACACCAAGCAACACGGCCUCGACUUGCUCACAAACACGGCAAACAGCAAGAUCUCUUCGGCAGUCACUGCGGCUGUGCUACCUGACAAGCUCAUCAAGCCGUUCCCCAAGAACCAAAUGCAGGCUAUGACGGGUUCUGGUGCCAAGGGUAGUAUGGUCAACGCCAACCAAAUCUCGUGUAACCUUGGUCAGCAAGUUCUGGAAGGCCGAAGGGUUCCAGUCAUGAUUAGCGGUAAGACAUUGCCGUGUUUCAAGCCCUUUGAAACUAGCGUCCGCGCUGGUGGUUACAUUGUCAACCGUUUCUUGACUGGUAUCCGGCCGCAAGAGUACUACUUCCACAUGAUGGCUGGUCGCGAAGGUCUCAUUGAUACCGCUGUCAAGACUUCGCGCUCUGGUUACCUGCAACGAUGUAUCAUCAAGGGUAUGGAGGGUCUUCGCGUCGAAUACGAUACCUCUGUUCGCGAUUCAGACGGCUCCAUGGUCCAGUUCCUCUACGGCGAAGACGGUCUCGACACGACAAAACAAAAGUACCUCAAUGACUUCAAGUUCCAGGCCCAGAACUUCUACUCUUUGGCUCAAGCCCUCCACACGGCAGAGGCCUACCCACGCGUGUCCAGUGCCGAGGCUGUUGAGUACAACAAGAAGGCCAUGAAGAAGGCCAGGAAGGGUGAAGUCGCAGCCAUGGAUCCUGCCACUGCCGUCUACACUCCCUCACGACACAGCGGCAGUACUUCUGAGAUGUUCUUGCAGGCCAAGCGCGAGUACUGUGACAAGAACCCAGACAAGCUGCUCAAGAACAAGAAGAAGGACGAAGAGGGCGAGAUUCUCAAGCGUACCUUUGAGCAGAUGCUCGACCUCAAAUACCUCAGAUCUCUUGUCGAGCCUGGUGAGGCUGUCGGUGUCGUGGCUGGCCAGUCUAUCGGUGAGCCCUCCACACAAAUGACGCUCAACACCUUCCAUUUGGCUGGUCACUCUGCGAAGAACGUCACUCUUGGUAUCCCUCGUCUGCGAGAAAUCGUCAUGACGGCAAGUGCCAAAAUCUCCACCCCAUCGAUGCAACUGUAUCCUCAUCCUGAACUGUCAAAGGAGGACAACGAGAAGUUUGCGAAGAGCAUUACGCGUCUGCCGCUCUCGGCUGUGCUUGACAAGGUGACGGUCACGGAGACAUCCGGCACUGGUACGCAGUAUGGUCAGGCGAGAAGCUACAAGGUCCGUCUGGACUUUUACCCUGCCAAGGAGUACACCAAGGAGUACGCCAUCAAGGUUCGCGACGUCGCCGAGGCUCUCGAGCAGAAGUUCUGCCCUCGCCUGCAAAAGAUGAUACGCGUUGACCUGAAGAAGAAGGGCGCCAACAAGUCGCUUUCGACGGCAAACUCGGCCAGUAUUCCCACGAUUGGUGAGAAGACUGGCAGGAGUGGCGAGGCAACUGUCGAAGAGUCUGAAGAGACAAUGAGGGCUGGUCGGGAAGGCGGCGCCGAGGACGACGACAGUGAUGAUGGCGAGGGCGACAAUGACACUACUCAUGCCAAGGACCGAGGCAGGCGUGAGGACAGUGUAGCCUAUGAAGAGCCAGAGGAGGAAGAGCAAGCUGCCAACGACAGGCUCGACCGAGAGGACGAGCUCAGCGACGACGAUGAGACGUACGGCGGCAGCCCCAAGCCUUCGCGCGCCACCACUCCCGACCAAGAGUCAGACGACGAAGAUGAACAGAGGCUGGUACCCACCGAUGAGGCCUCUGACAUUCGUCGCGACCGCAUCUGCAACAAGAACAGGGACAUUUUUGACUUUACUUUUGACGACCGCAAGGGCGGAUUCUGUGAGAUCAACUUUGAAUUCCCAGCAGCCACCCCCAAGCUCCUCAUGCUGCACCACGUUGAGGAGGCAGCCAACUUUGCCACGAUCCACGUGAUCCCUGGCAUCACAGCAGCACAGUUUUCGGCGCAGUCCAAGGAUGUUCCCGAGAAUGUCAUCAACACCGAAGGCUCCAACCUCAUUGCCAUGCGUGAAUACGGGCACAUUAUCGACGUGAACCGCAUUCUGACCAACGACAUUGCAGCGAUGCUGCACCUGUACGGAGUCGAGGCGGCGCGAGCGACCAUUGUGCGUGAAAUGCACGCCGUUUUCUCUGGCCACGGCAUCAGCGUCGACCAGCGCCAUCUCAACCUCAUUGCCGACACAAUGACCAAGGGUGGAGGCUUCACGCCCUUCAACCGCAUCGGCAUGAAGGGCAACGUAAGCCCGUUUAUGAAGAUGAGUUUCGAAACAACGGUUGGGUUCCUCAAAGAUGCGGUGCUCGAGCGCGACUGGGACGAGCUCAAGAACCCCAGUGCGCGAAUUGUCGUCGGCAGACUGAGCACUGUGGGUACCGGUGCGUUUGAUGUCCUUGCCCCAGUCAAGAUUCGCGAUCCGCUCAAGGAAGUUGUCGAGGAGGUCAAUGAUGUCGCUCGUGGUGAUGCUAGGCAGAAGCGCGAUUCGGAUUCUGAAAGCGAGGAGGAAGAGGAAGAAGAAGAGGAGGAGGGUGGUGAGGAUGUGGAGAUGCAGGAUGUGGAUGCUGAAGAAGUGCAAGAAGUGGAAGAAGUGGUGCAAGAAGAACCGAAGAAGAAGGAGAAGAAGGAGAAAAAAGACAAGAAGAAGAGUAAGAAGCACUAGGUCCCCUGUUCACUCACAGUUCUUGUGCUUUUUUGGGGGAGUCUUGCUAUUUAUGCUUGUAGACCUACAUGCUAUGAGGUUUUCUAUUUUUCUUCACUAUAGCCAGCAUUCA